CUCAAGAACGAGAAGGACAAGAGGGCACCGAAGAAGCAACGUGCCUACAUUUCUUGGGAGAACGACGGCUCCGGGAGUGAAGGCUCGGAAACGGAGGAAGUGGCCAACUUGUGUCUCAUGGCCAUUGAAGAUAGUGAUACAUCAAAAGAGGUAAGUGAUCAAGAACCUUCUCCAAAUGAUCCUUUAACUCUUAAUGAUGUUGUUUGCAUUGUAGAAGAAUUGGAUGAGGACGGAUCGUUGAUUUCAAACGUCAACGGGGUGGACAUUUAUUUGAAUGAAGAGAACAUUCAAAUCCUCACCGGGCUUCGUCGGGACGGACAGGAUCUCGGGCUCUACACCGGAGAAGAGGGGGCGCGGUUCAAUGAGACCGCUCUCUUGGAGGAAGUGGGCAUCCGUCACUUCGUACCCACUCCCCAACAGCGGCGCCCUACGAUUUCUUCCAUGAGUCCCGUGUAUCGUUUCAUCUUCUAUGUGUUGACACGGAUCCUCAAGCCCAGGAAGUUCAACCACACCACUCUCUCCCAAGAAGACACGAAGACGAUCCAUGCGAUGAUUCACAACGCCAAUAUCAAUUGGUGUAAAUUUGUGAUGAUCCACAUGUUCAACGCCACCUCCGACAACCGGCCGCUCCCCUACGCCCUCCUUGUCAUGGCAAUUCUUGAAGAAUACAACAUCAAAACCGAUGUUGGGCCAAAGAUAAAGGGGACAAAGCAUUGGGAGAUUGAUGAAUCUUCUUUCCACUCGGGCACCGACGAGACUCCGUUUCGACAGCCUCGUCCACGCCGACAACCGAGAGCCACUGCCUCAGCCGCCGCCACUUCAACCAAUCCUUCUCUCGCCGAGCAAAUGGCAGCCUUAACCGCCACUCUCUCUCGGAUUGACACCAACGUCUCCAAAACAGCACACAACGUCAAUACCUUGAGCCGUGAACUUCACGGGUAUUUUAACUUUGUCAAUUACCCGUACGCUCAAAUGGUCCCUUACGUUCCUCCACCGAAUUUCGGAGGUGAACAAAGUGGGACUCAAAACGUUGAGGGAGAGGAAGAAGAAAAGGAAGACGAAGAAGAAGAAGAAGAUGAUGAUGAUGAUGAUGAUGAUGAUGGCGAUGGUGAUGAAGAUGAAGAAGAAGAAGAAGACAUUGACGAAGAACAACUUCUCAAUGAUCUUUCCCCAGAUUUCUAGAGCUCUAGCUCUACUUUCUUCUCUUCCUUAUUUUAUCAUCUUUUCAUAUGCUUUCGUUAUGUACUCCGCUAUUUCCCUUAAUUAAUUAAUAAAAAUCUUUAUGAUUU